AUGGCUCUACCGGACGGCCCCCACUGCGACCUGGAUUCUGACACGACGAGGAACCGCGACUACCACUGCGGAGAACCGCUGCACAAGACCGAGGAGCCGCAGGACGGAUCGGAGCACGAUGGCACCAACCUUAUGCAAACCGGGGUGCGACUGAGCUGGGAAGAAAUGCUGGCUAACCUGCAGCAUGACCUUGAGAUGCUGCCGAAACCCCAACGAGCUGAAGCGGUGGUGCAGCUGCUGCGCUGGUUGGACUAUCGGGCUACGGAUAAGGAGCAAGGCUACCUCUUGGGCCACAUGCGGGGGCGAACGGCUGACCUCACGGCCCUACUGGUGGCUGCACUGGAUGACACUCAGGUGGAUGCUUCGACUAUCACGGGCCCCUGGUGCUCCUCCUGGGUGCUCGAGACCCGCAGAAGGCUAAUGGAGUUCAUUCCAUGCCAUGAAGGAUCCCAUGAAGGCUGGGGGAAGCCAAUGGAAACAGGCAUGCCUUGCAUCAUGCUGUUUGGACGCCCACCACCGACGAGCACACCACCAUCCUCGCCGGGACUCAGCGCGGUGGUGGACUUGGAGGAGGAGGAGGAGCAUGGUGAACCCAGCAAACGCCGGUGCUUGGCAGUUGAACUCAGUUCGGGCUCCGGGGACGCUCCAAGGCUUGCCAGGACGAUACGUAUGCCCUUCCCCGGUGAUGUUUGCAGCUUCCAGGUUAAUGUCAGGGUGGAAGAGACGGACGAAAGUGAGGCCACCACCAUGAUAGGACAACAACCGGCAUGCCCUCGCCAAGACCGACCGAGCCUGACGGGCUUCAGACUGCCCGAGCCGGCGCCUGGGGACCUAGCAGCGUCGGGGAUCUCCAUGAGUGAGUUCAUGGGGCUGUGGACCGGGUGGAAGUCUGGGUCCAUCUGCUAUGAGGACAUUGCCAGGGUGUACGGCAAUCAUGCAGCCCAACUGGCCCAACGACUUUGGAGUGACCUUCCCGCCGAGGCCUACACCAACCCCACCCUUUAUCCACAGGAACAGAAUCUGGAUGUGGAGCCGGCCCAGUCAGAGGUUAUGCACGCGACACAACAGCAGGACCCCCACUUGACUGCACUCGAGUCGCAGACCGAGCGGACGCCGGACCACACCAAGGAGACCUUGGACGAUGAGGCGGCCCUCCUGACUGUUGUCAUGCGCCUGCUACCAGCUCUUCAGGUGCUUGCCCCGGAGGUACCCGUGGUUUGCGAGUUGACGGCCAUGCAGUUGGCCAGCAACUGGAUUCGACGUCUACGGCAGCAAGGACUCGAGAAUGUGGUGAUCACCAGCUGCCUCUUGAACUACGCCCAGGCACGAGCAGACGGAGAAUACAUGCAGGACUGGGAGGACAUCCUCUUGGAGUUAGGCCUCGAGGUCGAAGGGGACCAAGGGCGAACCGAGGAAGUGCCGCAUGCUGUGAGUGAAAUGCUUCAGUGGGUGGAAGCAGAGAUGUGGGAGGACUACGUGGACAGGCUGGAAGGCUUGGUUGGCUGGGAGUCGCAGCAGGUGGCCAAUGCCCGGGAAGUUGCCAACAUGCAUGAGAACGUCCGCGGAGAGUGGAGGCAGCGGGCUGCAGCUGGGGACAUGAAUUUGGACCUCACAGUACCGACCACUGGCCGCAGAGUCCGACCACGACGGGCGCAAGGGCAAGCUGAAGAAGGAGGAUCGGAGGGCGACGCCCAGUCGCUUAUGGAACGGCCGCAUCGACAUGGUGAACGUGGACGGGACGACAGCAGGGGUGCACCAGAACGCCGAGGGAGAGACGCCAGGGAUGCCAGAGGAAGUUCGAGAAGAGGUAUGGAUACGGAGGAGGAACGCACCAGGUCGCGGCCCCUUGGAAACUCGAGACCGAGUCGAUGCACCGAAGAGGUAAGAAGGUUGGAGCCUCGCCGCCCACACACGCCCCGGCUAACGCCCACGACGACGAGGUCGGCCCUGCCUACUUUGUCAGUGGACGCGGCUACGGCGCGCUGGCUGCACUUCCUCAACCUCAGACCGUCGCCGACAACCACUUCACUGGAACCAGCAUUGCCGCAGGAGGGCAGGCAAGAGCGCAUCGACUGGCUGGGGACGCUACACGAGCAGGACAUGGCAGCUGCUAUGGCUGGCUUGAUGCGAGUACUGGCUAUGUUGAUGGUGGAGUGCUCGCAUAUGCUUGUGACCCACCAGGCGGCCUUCUUGGUGUCUGUGGACCUGGAGGAAGAGGACGACGAGGAGACGAUCUACAUGCAGCAAGGUUGGACUACGGCUAAACGUCGGAAGACCGACGACGGACCUACGGAGGAGGACCUUCGGGCGGAACAUGAAGAACGGGUGGCACUACAACGCGAAAGAGCAGCCCGGGAUCAACAGCAACAAGAGCGUGAAAGGGAGGAAAUCGCCUGGGAAGCAGAACAAGAAAAGCUGGCAACCCAGCUGUACGCGGCACACGAGGCCGCUCGCUACAGGGACUGGGAACAAUGGGAGGUACUCCACGCUGUGUCAGCAGUUCCGAAGCGACAGCACCUCCGCAUUGUGGCUGAAGCAAUGGGGCCAACGGAGGCGAGUUCUUCUUCCACUACCCCCUCGGUGCAGGUCUUUCAGUGCGAGUUGCCACGGCUGAGGCAGGGGGGCUUCAGACUGACACUGGAGAUGGGCGAGGUUGGCCGACCGGUGGCUCCAACUGCACCAACAGUUCCAGAACGGCCAGAAGCUCCCUCUACCACGACGAGCAACCGCGCCCAGCCGGACGAGGACGAGCUGGACACGGUCUACAAGGUCUGGUCUGCAGGAGGUUGCUCAGACAGUGAAGUCCGGGCGAACUAUGGGGAUGAGAUCAUGACAGGGUUCCUGGCGCAGUGGCUUUCAGAACAAGAUGACAUGGAGGGUGAUGACACGGACGAAGAGCAGGUCCACGAGACUCAAUGCCAAGAUGAAGGGAUCCGCACCGAAGAAGAUUUGGCCCUCUUCCGAGGGAACUUGGACAGAAACCAGGUGCUCCAGAAAUGGCAGAUGCUGUCAGGCAAGGCCGUUUUCAGACAGGGCGGUCGUUUGGUUGCGCCGAGCUCCGUCGAAGACGUCCUGGAGCUAGGGGGCUUCGAGGACGCCGCACUCAACACUGAGUUCACGCGAAACGUGUCCUUCCAGCCCCACAACGGGCAGCCGGUGUACGUGUCGAGCAACGCCCAGUACGUGCUAUGCUCCAGCGCCGGCGAGGACGACAAGGUGUGGCUGGUCAUCUCCUUGGAUGACUUUCAACACGAGAAGAGCGGCAGUUGGGAGGGCCGUCUCUGGUCGUCCCUGGGGGCCUUGGCCGUGUCGCCGCCGGGCAUUUCACUGGACAAAGCGCCACAGACCGCCUGGCAGGCACCAGUUCGCGAAUUUGGUAUGCGUUUCCAGAGUUGGGUCGAUCCUGGAAUGCCUUUGGGAUAA